AUGCCCAAGUACAUCUCUAAUGGACAUGGUCGCCCAAUCCGCGGCCAUAUUGUUAUUUUUAUUUCUUCAAAAUUCAUUCCGAACCUGUUUGUGGUGGAGAAUCCGGUGAUGCUUGAUAACUCUAUAAAUGAAGGCUCGGCCCUCUCCCCGAUUAUGUCCAUACAGCUCACUGAAAACGACCUACAACGAUGUUUGGCUGAGGUGACAAUUCUUUUUUUGUUCAAGUAUACACAAGUCGUUCCAUAAAGUGCGUAGACUUUUUUCUCCGCACAGUGCAUUUUUCUUUGUGCAAUUGUUGCCGCGCGCUCAAAAUAAGCGGCGACGUAGUUGAAAAAAUCUUACGUCGCGACGAUGUUUGAAUUGCACAAUGCAAAAAUGAAAUUCACAGUGCAAAAAGCUUUGCGACGAAAAGUCUACGCACUUUAUGCAACGACCAGUGGGUGUAUGACGCAGGUUUGAAAAAUAAAUUUUCUGAGGCAGUUGAGAGUUUUUUGUAGUAACAAACAGGACGUUUAUGCAAAAAACUGUUGAAACUUGGCAUUCUUUGUGAUUUUGAAUUUGAAAAUUGAUUCGUCAAAAAAUGCUGACUGAAAUUUUAAUACCAAAGGCAACUAGUUUUUUCUAUGUAUCUGAUCUUCUCUCACUAGUCAAAACAAUUUGGUGACUAAGUUUUUCAAACCUGUUAAAGAUUCGAAUGCCUAAUACGCCGUUUAGUUCCAGUGCCAGCUGAAAACUCGUUCGAAAAGGGUCAAGGACGUGGUUGUGGGUGGAAGGCUGUGCACGGCCAAGAUCAUCCAGAUAGGAACUCUCGAAUAUCAGUUGAGAAAGACGGAAGGAAACACAUUUACAUUCAGUCGAAUGCCUUUUUUGAGGCGAAUUCAGGAGAUCCAGCUAAAUGUAAGUGGGUUUCCACAUUGUACUUGACAUCUACGUGUUCUAUCUUUUAAACAUUCCCAGGAGAAUCUGGUGGUGGAAGUCAUGGAAAAGGGAAUUGGACUCCCAGAACUUUUCUCGGCGCUUCCUCGGCUCUUCCUGAGAUUAGAUUUUAUCACAAGGUAUGUCUUCAGUAAUGUCAUCAUCACUUUUAUUUCCAGUCUUCUUCUGGAUCUCUGUAAAAGUGUUCGUUUUUUUCACAUAAACGACCUCCACCACGACAAAAUCCAACCAGAUCAUGUAGUUUUUGACCUAAAUCUGCAUGCAAAUCUGGCUGGAUUGGGAAAUGUGAAGCCUCAGACCGUCAAAAAAGAGGUCAGAAGUGGAGAUUUCUCCAUCUACGACGCUCCAGAAGUCAGACAAGGCUUACCAAAGUGGGUUUCUUUAAAUUUUUGCGAACUAAUUUAUUCUAUGAUGGAGUGUUUUUGCCAAAAACAGGGGCCUUAUUUUAGUGUUGACGUGAAAGCGGCGGACAUUUACAGUGUCGGAAUCAUUCUACUGGAGUACCUGUGUGGGAAGGCUGAUCCGGCAAUCUUGUCCAUGCCCUCGCUGGGUCCCUUCGAGGCGAUCAAGAAGGUCCUGUGCAGCAUGGUUCAUACAAAUCCCCUAAAGCGUCCCACGGCAUCCCAGAUCAUCUACAAUCCGUCGAUAUAUAUGAGGGAUCCACAAUAA